GUGACUGUAGCAGUCCACAAAAUUGUGAAGCUUGACUGCUAGACUUCUCUUGAGAGAGAGAAAAAAAAAGGAGAGAAGAAUGACUCUAGGUCUGAUCAACGCGAAUCCCGUAGUUCACGCGAAGAGGGAGAGGUUCCCCCGUCUCGACGAUCCUCACACCGACGACGCCGUUGAUCCUCUCGAAAUAUACGAGUAUGUAAGAGAUAUUAGGGAUCCGGAGCAUCCCUACUCUCUGGAGCAGCUCAGUGUGCUCUCCGAGGAAUCUAUUUCUGUUGAUGAGAAGCUCGCCCGCAUUUUGAUAACUUUUACCCCAACCAUCCAGCAUUGCAGCAUGGCCACACUCAUCGGUUUGUGCUUGAGGGAGAAAUUGAAGGAUUGUUUUCCUCCUCAUUUCAAGGUAGACAUAAAAGUUGCUCCUGGAUCACAUGCCAAUGAGGAAUCAGUGAAUAAGCAGUUAAAUGAUAAAGAAAGAGUAGCAGCAGCUUUAGAGAAUCCAAACCUUCGCCAACUUGUGGAAGAAUGUUUGUAUUCUAGUGAACUUUGAGAGGAAGAAUGUUUGUAUUCUGAUUAACUUUGAGAGGUGGGCAAUCCUCUUCUCCGAGUAAGUUGUAUAGUAGUAGUAGCUAAUUUGUAUCUUGUCUGUGGUACUGAGCUUCAUGCUGUGUUGUGUUGUGUUGUGUUGUGUUCGAGGUGUUGUUUUGUCCAAAAAAUUAUACUCGAUAAUGAGAUGGUGUUCUCCACUGCAAAUGUGGCCAACUCAGGCCAAGGUUAUAUAUAUUUUCUUGAGGUUAAUAUUGGCCUCAGGAUUUAGUUUA